GCAUGGUACCUGGACCCCACGGUCAACCCUUCGAAAAAAAGGGGGCGAACCCAUGGGGAAGGCCCAAACGUAAUGUCUUACGUUGCCAGGUCAGAGUGGAUCGCUCAGUGGAUGAUCAUGAAAGGGGAGGAUCGUAUCCCCACCCGAAAUGGCUCAUUCAAGGUUUUGUUCAAGCCCUGGUUGACAAGACAAGAACUCGAAAACAUGAGAAAUAAUGAGCUAGCUGGGAAAUUUCGUGUCAUCGCGCUUAGGGUUCCAUUGGAAGCCCUGGCAUCACUUCGUUUUGCAAUCCAAAGGCUCAUGGGCAGGAUACUUGUCAUGCACCCUCCAGAAAAAAAAACGGAGGAGCCAAGAUUAGGUAAUGUCCGAAUUGAAUGUGUUCCAGAGGUUCGAAACUCAUUUGUAGAACAAGUAGUCAUUCGGAAACCCAAUGGUGGAUUGCUUGAAAUUCAGUUCGCAAAUCAAGACACCCCUUUCUGUCACAAAUGUUUAUGGUGGUUCCACGAUGAACAUGAUCCGGAAUGUCCUAAAUUUAAUGAGCCCAUGCCAGCAGGAAGGGGUUCGAGGGGAAGAGGUGGGAGAGGAAGAGGGAGAGGAACGGGAGGGAGAGGUGGUGAAAGGAAUGCAAGAAAUCAAGGUCGAGGAGGGGCAAACAACGGCCAGGGCGGUAGCACCGUCUCACAAGGGAACACCGUGAGUCAGGGUAUCGGGGUGACUCGGGGUAUGAACUUUUCGGGAGUUGAUGCAAAUGCGAACAAUGGAGGUGGGAGGGUCGGAGAAGGAGCAAGGCUGGGGAGCAGACCUUUGGGCGCUACGGGUAACAAUGGAUUGAGGAAUGAGAUGGGUGCUGGAAGUGAAGGGGGGAGAAGUGAGGGAAGGGGUCGAACAGACACAGCAAAUCGGAUGAGGCCUCUGGCAAUAGGCAGAGGGCAAGGGAAACUCACUGCCUCCUCCUCAGGAGUAGUACGUCCGAAUGUAAAGCACUUCCUGGUGCCGAUCAUUGCCUCUUUGGCACCUCAGGGUGUCAAGGUCUUGGCCCUCAAACAACUGGACGGCACCUUGGCUCUGCCAGUUACAGUGGUCGACGAUGCCCCCAGCACAAAGUUGGUCAUUCGCAAUGCUACAGACCACUUUGUAAACGGGCGUUUCCAAUACAGACUGAUCCCAGGGAUUCGUACAGGUCAAAAGUCCAUCGAAUUACAGGAAGGCUCCCAAGCGUGCUUUCGCCUAGCAGUGAUGGAUGCAAAAAUCACAGCAGAGAUAGCAGCAACACUGGAAAGCCAGGGGGUCCAUUGGAUCCCGACCCAGUGGUUUGAUCCGUCACUCUUGGUAGAAGCUCAGAAAGUGGUUUUGAUUAAUGGCAUUAAUGCCAAGCUGGUAGCAGAUUACUGCAAUAGCCUACCAAAUGAUAAACAGCCAUGGCCCCCCCUAUUCCGUAACUUGCUAUUAACUCCGUGGGAAAGCAAUCAGGAAGGGGACAACGCUAACCAAGAUCAUUGGCCAGUGAUGGCGGAGCUCAGAAUGGGAGAGAGUCCAAGGAGGGAGGCUGGUCCGUUCAGAUUAAAUACAGAAAAUCUGCAGAUACCGGGAGUGGCGGAAUGGUGCAAGAAACAUUGGGAGGACUGGGAGCAGACCAAAGAGUGGUUUGACUCCGAAGAGGAGAGGGUCCAAUUGGGCUUCAGGAUUGUCACGAGAGCCAUGGAUGCGUUUUCAAGAGUUCUGGCCAGGGAAUGCAACAAGGAGUGGGAAUGCAGGCAAAUGGUGUUGAAAGCGGAGAGUAGGAUUAGGGAAGACCCCUUCACGGACAUUUAUUGGGAAAGGAAAAGGGACGAAUGGCUGAGAAAGUGGGAUGUGCUGCAAAUUCGCCAACAAGAAGUCUGGGCCAAAAGAGCAAGGGAGCGAGGAAUGGCGUUAGUGGACAGAAUGUCCAAAGAAACAUUUCGAAGGCUAUGCCCGCCCAGAUCCCACAGUGUGAUCAGGGCUUUGGGGCAUCUAUUCAAUUCACUGGCAGAUAUUGCAGAGGACACUGAAGCCAUGACAGUCUGCGCAACUGAGUAUUAUAGCGACAUCUUGACAUCACGCAGACCGAUAGAAGAAACCUUGGCCGAUCUGAAAGUUGAAGGGGAUCUUUGGCAGUUCUCUGCAUAUCGCUUGAAACAAGACCAACGCCUGUCUUUGGACAGGCCUUUGACCUUGGAAGAGCUCAAGGAGGCAGUUGAACACAUGGCUAAAGGGAAAGUGCCGGGGGAUGACGGCCUCCCAGUGGAAUUCUACCAGGCUACUUGGGAUCAGGUGGGACCGAUUCUGCUGAAACUUUUUAACAGAAUCUUGGACGGAGGAUCGCUAACUGAAGACAUGUGCCGCGGGACAAUCACACUGCUAUACAAGAAGGGCGAUAAGAAGAAUGUGCGUAAUUGGAGACCUAUUUCCCUCCUUAACGCGUCAUACAAGAUCCUGGCCAAGGCUUUGGCUCGAAGACUGGCAGUUGCGCUCCCGGAUUUGGUGAAAGCGGACCAAGGGGCCUUUGUCAACGGUCGGUCUAUUGCUGAGAACAUGGCGGUUGCUGUCGGCGCUCUGGAAAUCAUCUCCAAGGAGAAGAGACAGGUCUUAGUUGCCAUGUUGGACCUGGAGAAAGCUUACGAUCGUGCCAUUAGGAGAGAGGCCGCUCGCUAUUUAUGGAAGCCGGAGGCGGAAGAGGAACAAAACUUCAUCUCUAAGGUCUCAUGGGAUAAGAUUACGUUGCCAAAAGAGGAGGGUGGUCUGACAAUUGUUGAUCCAGAAAGACAGAACAUCGCUUUACUGGGCAAAUGGAUACAAAAAGCCAGCACUCAGUCCGAGUACAGAAACUGGUUGGCGGCGGUGGAGUAUAUCUUGCAGCAGGAAUUUAAGCUCCGGAGGAAGGAAGAUGUCUGGACCUGCAUUCAAGUCCCAUCCUACUUGCACAGGAGACCCAAAUCUGCAAUGGGUUUGGCCUGGUGGGUGGCAUGGAAACGAUUGAGGGCAGCUCAGAGCGCCAACCCGUCUUCAAAAGAGGAAGUAUUAAUCCAACCUCUUUUUGAUAACGCAGCGUUGGUGACCCCGGAUGGGCCACCAAUCACAGCGAAAGCAGACUCUUUUGGCAGAAAAUGGAUGGAGAAAGGGGUCUCCAGGAUUACGGACAUCUGGUCCGAAGCUAACAAGGACUGGAAAACGGAGGAUAAAUUGAAAGCAACACUGGGCAGGUUACAAGGAAUAAGGAUCAAUUUACAAGCAUUGAUCGAUGCUAUCCCAGUGGAAUGGAAUUGCCUGCUGAGAUCGGAGGCUUUCCCCCGAGUGGACAAGUGGUACAAGAAGGCAGAAGAUGAAGUCUGCCCAUCAAGAGUUUUCAAAAUCGAAGAGGUUGUAUCGGGGCAGGAUGAAUGAAAAGUAUCUGAGUGGGGCGUAGAGCGAGGGCAAGGGGCUGGCCAAAAACU